AUGAGCGAAAAUGGAUCGGAGAGGAAGAGCUUGGCUCCGCCGGUAAAGAUUGCUUGCCUGUCUUGCAGAGCGUUGAAAACGCGUUGCGAUGGAGGACGUCCAUGUAGCAGCUGUCACAUCAGAGAGCGCGAUUGCAGCUACCGACCGAGCAGAAGGGGUGGGGCUCGCGUGCGAAAGAACCGUCAUGGUUUAGAGCAAGCCCAGUUAUCACCCCCUGAGAUAUCGGUGUCAGAAGAGUCAGAUACAUCUCAGCGACAACUUCCUGUUGAGAACUUCAUCGAGCCAGGUGCUGGCUUAAAGCGGCUUCCAGAUUUCUUCCAGGAUAGCGACUUUAUAUUUGAGAGCGCCUUUGCGCCAAACAUGUCUAGCAUCCCGGGGACAGCUUUAACUCCAAUGCCUAUGGUCAGGACAUAUCAAAGUGACAAUGCUAUUCUUGAGGCUUACUAUGUCUAUAUACACCCGUUCUUCCCCAUUCUUCCGCCACCGAUCGGUACCCCUUCUGAUCUUGCAAUUUCUCAUCGCCAGGAUGAUAUUCCGGAAUUUGAACCAUCCACCCCUAUUGCACUCGCAAUAUCAGCAGUCCUUGCUCUAAUUCCUUGUCCUAAUGACAUUGACUAUCAGAUACAAGAAUCUGUCCAGUUCAGGCGGAAAUAUUCCCAAUAUCUUGCACAAUCCUCCAUUGAAAGCAUUGAGAACGAAGGAGAAAUUCCCGAAUCAGUCGCGCCAUCAGAUGCCCUGAUUGAACCUAGAGACGAACUCGCACGGCAACGCUUUCAUCCAAGAGUGCAUCCAGACCUGGAGGACGUCAUUGCUCUAUGCAUUCUCAGUUUUUAUGAGUACGCUCAGCGGGGAAACAUCAAAAAGAUGCAAAAUAGGGCAGGUCAGGCUUUUGUAUCAGCCGUGGCUUUGUCCCUCCAUGACUGCACCGAUCAAGACGAGUAUUCAGAAGUGAGAAGUCGAGUAUGGUGGAUGACUUACAUUUGCGUUACUCAAGCGACUAUCGUGAGUAACUCGGAGCCAACACAUAACCUCUUUGCCUCGAGCUUUACCACAAAAUAUCCUAGCUUACAGACCGAUUCAGAGGCAUUCAAGCUUUUCAUUCAAGCACAGCAAACUCUUCUAACUUGCACUCGAAUUGCUACUGAGCUUGUAAAGACGGUAAAGGCAAAUGCUGAUAUAUCCCACGUUUGCGAGCGUAUGCAAGGGCUCGAGCACUACGUUGAGUCUCUCGCUACAGUGGCAGACACGUGGAUCUUGCAAGGCUCGCCUACUUCACCACUGGAUAGUACAGAGGAAGUGGUGUCCCGCGCUCUCAGAUGCAUGGCUCGCAUCAAGCUCAAUAGUGCGAGGAUCAAGAUACACCGAUUUUGUGCCUUUUUCGACAGUCCGGUCUUUUCAGGAAAAUAUUGCGAUCUCAACUCAACAUCUUGGCCUACUAGUUCCCGUUCGCUGACGACAAAUGGGUUUCAAAGCCCCGACUCACCACUUGAGUUGUUCACGAGUUCCGUGUCGAGCGCAGUCGAUUCUCUCCCAUUUAGCCGGCACCAAUCUACCAAAAUCUGUCUCAAGGCAGCCUUCAAUGUCGCGGCGACUUUCAAUGACCUCCCCUUUCCAAAUCCCUUAGGUCAGAUGUGCGCGCCACCGUGCUACCUUGCUCCUACAUCCAUGUUGGCUGCGCCUCGGUUGAUGCCGUCGUUAGCCUGUUGUGCCAUGCAAUGCACUUACACAUUGGUUAUGGUGCAUAAUCGGAUGCAGUCGACAUAUUCUGAGAAGGGUACAGCAAAUCCUAUCGUUGAGAGCCUGCUUGUGCGCCUGCGAAUGGGACUAAUAUCGAUCUCUACCAUAUUCGAAAACUAUGCGACGGCGUUUGAAGCUCUAGGCGGAAUGCGAGACCAAGUCCGUGGCGUGGUAUAA